AUGACGACCAUAUCUGUAGUCCCCGACUCUCCUCCUGAAUUGUCUGGCUCCAAAUCCUCCAAAUCCUCGUCGUUCCGCUCCUCUUCCCAAAAUUCGGGUCCCGACGACAUCCUGGCCGAUAUUUCCAAUUUUGAGGAUAUAGGUUUGGAGGACCGGUAUAUUGAUCCACGUCACUUCCCACAGGACAAGUUUGCUCUGAGGUCAAACCGUCGCCUCGUAUCCACCGGCAUAAGGUCUCGUACUACGCCCAUGGCGACAAUAGCGAGGGAUUUGACAGCGUCUGCCAACAGAAGGAAUAGCCCUAAGCUGCAGGGUCAUGUUCAAGUUACAGAAGUAUCGCAGUCUCUCGCUCUCCCACGAUCCCGGAGUGCAUCGCGAAGAGUUAUCUCUAGUUUUUCAUCCCCUUCGCUACAUCUCCACCCUUCGCUGCGACAGCGUUCGAGAUCCCCUUCUCCCGGCACGCAACCUACUGCAUUGUCGUCACGUAACAGUACACCAUUGCCACCGAGGCCCCGGCUUCCUACGUCCCGAUCUUUCACACAUUCCACGGCUCAACAACGACACAGAAAGACUGUAGAAGAGUUGGAGGAUGAAUACCACGAUUCAGAUGAAGAACUUCCUGAAGGUGCAACCUUAUGGAACGUUCCUAUCUCUCCGAGACCUCCCCACGAGCGGCAUGGAGGUAGACGUCCUAGCCCUGAUCGAAGGAGUCCCGGUCCUCGGCCGAUUCCACUGUCCCAUUCGACGUCGGCUCCUCCAUUAUCAGCACCUCCAACAACUUCAGCACCAACCUCUGCUAGACUUAAAAGUCAUAAACUGCCAAGAGCCAGUUCUCUAGGUCCUCCUCGAACGCAGCCGGUACCUCGUUCCCCGCGCAUCAACUCUUGGAAUCUGGUCAUGUCUGAGCUUUCUGAGGAAGCCAAAAUAUUGACGGAAGCGCUGGAGUUCCACGCUGAUGCUGCGAUCCAGAAGCGCGAAGAUCGCCUCCAGAGCGGAAAGUCAUCCACCAGAUCUAGGUCGGAAGAUGGAAAACGCGCAUCAAAUGGAAUGAUCCAGCUUCCACCUUUACAGAAGUCAAAUAUUAUGAUUGAUCCUCUCCCAAUUAGCAAAGAGAAAGAGAAGGUCUUGUCGCGAACCCGGCCAAGUUGGCUUCCUCCUAAGGACCCAAGGGAGGAAAGGAAGCACUUGUUGGAGUACAAACGUAUGAUGGAACUCUCACGUGAAGCGGACAAGCGUAAAGCUGCGGAAGCUGCCUCUGCCCUGUGUAAAAAAGAUGACACUCGUAAGAUGCUGCAGCGCAUCUGGGAUGACUACGUCUUCCCUGAUUGGGACCGCGUCAUAUCUGAACAUCGUACCAGGGAGCUCUGGUGGCGUGGAAUUACUCCACGUUCACGAGGAGCCGUCUGGCAACGUGCUCUAGGAAAUGAACUGGCGCUGACAGAGGAGACUUAUGUGAAGGCUCUCGAAAGGGCUAAGGAUAUUCAAAUCACUAUAGAUGAUAAUGCAAAUGAUACACAUGAGAGGAUGAAAGAGUGGUUCGCGGCCAUUCGGAGGGAUGCAUCUACAGCAUUCCCGGACCUUCAUUUAUUUGGUGAAGAUGGCCCACUACGGGAAAAACUGAUUAAUGUUCUCGAUGCAUAUUCGAUGUACAGAAGUGACGUUGGCUAUCUGUACGGCAUCCAUACUAUCGCAGCUCUUUUGCUACUCAAUCUCCCAACGCCAGCUGCGGCAUUUCAGACACUGGCCAAUGCCCUCAAUAAACCCUUGCCACUGGCCUUCCUAACCGCAGAUCCCGGUGCCACGUCUCGGGCUUAUUCUUUGGCGUCGACAACUUUGCGCCUGAAGUAUCCACGCGUAUCCAAUCAUCUGUAUGAGAAUAUGUACCUAUCUGAUGAACAAAUCUGGGGCCCCAUGUUCCAGACCCUCGUCACAAAUGGCCUGGACCUCGAACGCCUGAGCCGUGUAUGGGACUGCUGGGUCUUUGAGGGUGAUCGGAUUAUUAUUCGUGCCGCUGUUACCAUAGUUGGGUGUCUGGAGACUACAAUCUUGAAUAUAUUGCCUGGCGAUGAGGGCCAAAGAACCUGCAUAAGACUUUUGGGAUGGGGCUCUAAGCAUGUUGAGAGGGCUGGAAGAGUUAAUUCUGUUGAAUUGAAUCAUGCUGAGGUCGACGGGAACGGUGAGGGUGGCAACGGCAAUAACAGUGUUGGCAAUGAGCUGAGCGGAUAUUGGAUACUUAAUAAUGCUGGCGACGAGGACGCGUUUAUGGGAAUGGUUCGGGUUGCGCAAAGGAAAUGA